GACUACUCCCUCUUCAAGGAUGGCAUUGAGCCCAUGUGGGAGGACAGCCAGAACAAGCGUGGUGGGCGCUGGCUGAUCACUCUGGCCAAGCAGCAGCGGCACACGGAGCUGGACCGUUUCUGGCUGGAGACGCUGCUGUGUCUCAUUGGGGAGAUGUUUGACCAGUACAGCGAUGAAGUGUGUGGGGCUGUCAUCAACAUCCGUGCCAAGGGGGACAAGAUUGCCAUCUGGACCCGGGAAGCGGAGAACCAGGAAGGUGUCACCCACAUCGGGCGCAUCUACAAGGAGCACCUGGGCCUGUCGCAGAAGGUGGCCAUCGGGUACCAGGCUCACGCGGACACG